GCCGGGACUGGAGCCGGCUACGACCUUUCCGUAACCACCUUCUCCCCUGACGGCCGGGUCUUCCAGGUGGAGUAUGCCGGAAAAGCGGUCGAGAACAGUGGCACGACCCUAGCCAUUUGCUGCAAGGAUGGUGUGGUCUUCGCAGCAGAAAAGUUUCUGCUCUCCAAGAUGUUGGUACCUGGCACGGCCAAGCGGAUAUUUCCAGUUCACCGGCGAGCUGGGAUGUCCAUUGCUGGCAUGGUAGCGGAUGCCCGGCAGAUCGUCAGCCGGGCACGAUCGGAAGCAACGCAGUAUCACAACGCGUAUUGUGAGGAGGUGCCACCAGAGCUCCUUGCUGAACGCUUGGGCCUCUUCAUGCACGCCUACACCCUGUACUGGUCCGUGCGUCCAUUUGGCUGUGCAGUCCUACUCGGCUGUGUUGACGAGGAGUCAAAAAAGCCGGAUCUCUUCUGCAUCGAGCCCAACGGCAUGGUCUACAAGUACACUGCCACCGCCGAGGGCAAGGGCAAGCAGGCAGCUAAGACCGAGAUCGAGAAGGUCCUGGCGAACAACCCAAACCUGACCUGCGAGCAAGCCCUCGUCCAUGUCGCCAAGAUCAUUCACAAGGUGCAUGAUGAGAAGGACAAGGACUUCGAACUCGAGAUCUCUUGGAUUUGCCCAGCAUCUGGUUACCAGUUCUCUGCGGUGCCGGCAGAGCAGCGAAAAGCCGCGGAGGCUGAGGCCAAGCGCGUCCUUGAGGCAGAGCAAGAGGACGACUGA